AUCUUGAACUGAAUGAAAAAGUGAAGUUUCUUAUAUCAUUUUCUUCAACCAUGUACCUACAAAGAGGACAAGUAGCACUACAGCAUUUUUGACUUUAGGCAACGGAAAAAUAGGCAACAACUGAAUAACCGCGCCUAAAGGAUAUUAGCCAAAAGAAUGCAGCUAAUAGGAGGAAGCAAAAGUUUAUGCAUCGCGUAGGACCGACAAGUUUUGCUAGAAUUCGUGCAGAAAUGCGGGAAAAUAAGGAUGGACAAGAAGUCACUCAAGCUGAGAUGUUUAUUGAAACUCGAAAAAGUCGCAAGGGAAAACAAGUGGAUGAGGAAACUCAAUUUGCGAUUGAUAAACUUCAAGAAUCUAUUGAAAAUUCAAUUGAAGCUGGAACACAAACAUUUCAAUCACUGUUUGGAAAAGAAAAGCCUGGUAGAGUGAGAUGUUAUGGAAGAACAGUGACACCAUCAUUGUUGAAAAAAAAUGAAGAAAUUUCUUUAAUGAAAAAGCAAUAUGAUGGUAAAAUUUCUGACAUGGCACAAAAGAUGGGAGCAAUGGAGACACUUUUGAAAAGCAUGUAUAUGCAACAAAAUCCACAUUUAACUGAAGAGGAAGUAGAUGAAAAGAUGAGAGAAGUUUUGCACAAUGAUAAUAUUCCAACACCACACUCAUCGACAUCAACAUAUGCUCCUGUUCAUCAAAAGGUUACAAAUGAUGAUGAUCCUCAAGAUGAACAAGAGGAAGAUCUCCUUGAUGAUGAAGAUCUCCUUGAUGAUGAAGAUCUCCUAGAUGAUGAAGAUCUCCUAGAUGACGAAGAUCUCCAAGAUGAUGACGAUCUUCAAUAUGAUCAAGAUGACGAUUUUCAAUAUGAUCAAGAUGACGCAAUAUGAUGAAGACCGUCAUUGAUUCAAACAUGGAUAAUUAUUUUUUGUUUUAUGGAGUUACAUAAGCCAACUAAUUAGUUUAUUACAUUUCAAGGAGUUUGGAUUUAUUUUGAAAAUAUUUAUUUUAACAUUUCUAAGAGUGUAUUACACUUCAUCUUAUGAA